UCUUAGUCACUUUUGUGCAUACAUUGUCUUAAUUGUGUUUUUGUAUACACAUUACUUUUGUCCUCUCCUCAGCGACUUGAAUUCAACAAUGAAGAUAUACACUGAAAAAGUGCAAGGUUAACGUGAUUACGUAAAAUAAUCAUGAAAUUCGCUCCAUAUGCUUAAAUAAGAGACAAGACAAUGAGCCAUUUUUAUUUUCUAAUACAUUUUUUGUCAUUCACCAAGAUGCAGUCUGAACAGAUUCGUUUUCAACCUGCCUAGGAAGAUGGGUAGGGUCUCAGUUGUCAAAAAUCUCUAGAAGUGUAAGUGACCGGCCUUAAAUCCACACUAGGAAGGGUCCAGAAGAUUGUUCUAGUGGAGGUAUGCAGAGAGUUGGUUAAGCUGCAUGUUCUUUGCAUGGGUGUUUUAGAGAGACAUGGUAGAAUUGAGACAUGUCUGUAAUUCUCCACAUCAGAUGGGGGGUGUGAUUUCUUUAAAAGAAAGUUCACUCUUGCUGCUUUAACGGCAGUAGGAAAGCAAGCAGUAGUCCAAGAUGUGUCAAUGAGAUGAGUAAGGGUAGGAAGGGUGUCAGGAGCAAUAGACGAUGGUGAGAUGGGAUAGGGUCCAGAGGGCAGGUUGUUGGGCGGUGGGAAGUGAGAAAGGAUACUACUUGUUUGGGAGAGGGAGGUGAUUAGGGAGUUGACUGCAGGUGGGUGGGGAAAUGAGGAGUAUAUUAUCUAUCUUUCAAACAAAAAACACUAUUAGGGAGCUGGGGGAGUUAUUUAGGUUGUUGGAGAAGAUGGGACGAUUUUUUUGGGGGAUUGGAGACGGAAGAUUACAUUUUAGAUGACAGAAUGAACAUGUAGCUGCAGAUAGGAGGCCGAAAAAGCACUAAGUGAUUGGUAGGCAUUAGGCAAGAAGGUUGUCAGGGCGCUUGGAUUCGCACCACGCUCUUUCAGCUGCCCGUAGUGAGGUUCUUUCAGCAUGCACUGAGUCUGAAAACCAAGGCGCCAGAGGGGUCGGGCGAGCCCCCUGAUAGGUCAGUGUCCAGAGACGAGGGCAAAAAAGAGAGAAGAAUGUCUGUGGCCGAUUAGGGAGGCAUGAGUGAGAAGGAGUCCGGUGAGGGGAGAGCUGAUGGCGAAGGUUUGGGAGGUUGAGAGAGUAAGAUAAGAAGUGGUCUGAGAUGUAAGGUGGAGAUACAGAACCUUAGCGCAGUUCCUGGUUUAUAUUAGGUUGAGUUUGUUACCAGCUUUGAAUGUGUAGGGGGGAGAGAGCAAAAGAAGAUGGCAUAAACAACGGUUGAGAUUUAGACAUGUCAGGAUGUGGAAAUCACAGAGAAAUGGCAACAGGGGGCCCUCUUCAGGGAUGUUGGCUAGGAGAGUAAAAUUCCUCCCAGAAUCCCCAGAGAGCACCUGAUGGGCGGUAGAGCACUAAAGGGCGCUACAGCAAUGUUUAAUUCCACUGGUUAAAUUACACACACAGCGGGAAAUUAGAAAGAGGGAGUGAACUGAGUAAGGGAGUAAAGAGAAAAUUUCCAUUUGGGGGAGAUUAGCCAACCAGUUCCCAAACCAGUUUCCAUUUAUGUCUCCUCGCAUGCAACACAUUGCAUAACAUUUUCUUGUGUGUGCAAUUUCCCAGAGCCCAUUUAUAUUGGUGUGUGGGUGUGUGUAUCAGUUCACUUGAAGAAUACUUAUAUUUUGAGUAACGUGAUGAGGAAAGCCGACAUGGUGGAUAAGAACAUGACGGGCCAGAUGAAGGGAGAGAGAGAUGCCCUGGCCAUCUGCAAAAGUCCCUUUGUGGUCCACCUGUACUACUGCCUUCAAACGGCCACUAAAAUCUUUCUGGUCAUGGAAUAUCUCAUUGGUGGCGACGUUAAGUCUCUUCUCCACAUCUAUGGUUAUUUUGACCAGGAUAUGGCUGUGAAAUACAUUAUAGAAGUAUCACUGGCGUUGGACUAUCUGCACCGUCACAAUAUAAUACACAGGGACCUGAAACCUGACAAUAUGCUGAUCUCCAACGAAGGACACAUCAAACUGACCGACUUUGGUCUUUCUAAAGUUAAGCUGGAUAGAGAGCUGAAUCUGUCGGACAUCCUGACCACCCCUUCCCUGGCCAAGCCGGAUAAACACUACUCUCGAACCCCUGGCCAGGUCCUCUCCUUGAUCUGCUCUCUAGGAUUUAACACACCAGAAGCGGAGUACCGGCGUAGCUGUAGCGCGUCAGCGGUGCCCAGCCCCAUGUCAUGUGACCGCGCCGAGCGCAAGAAGCAGGCCCUGUGCUCGCUGCAGGUCAAGAGGAAGAAGAAUCGAAUGUUCGGGCCCGGUGGCUCCUCCCAGAAACGCGCGGCCAUGAAGUGCAUGUUCAGCCCGCAGUCCCUGGGCAAGAACCUGACCCCCACGCUGCUGAAGACCCGGCGGAGGUUCGAGACCAUGAGCGCCGUCAGCAACACCGAGUCGGAGGGCGAGUGCAGCCCGCUGUGGGAGUGUGAGGAGAAAGAAAACCAACCUGUAAGCAACAUGGCCGUGGACGAGGGGCCUUCCGACACCCAGCCGACGAAGACAGAGUCCGUCUGUCCCGAUGCAGACCGGGGCCUCGAACUGACCUCGUCCGAUAAGUUCAAGUUCUCAGCCGAGGCGGCCUCCGGACCGCCCGCACACCCCACCACCGCACCCCAGGGGAACGACCCCCAACCUGGGGCGGACGGUCAGGCGCCCAGCCCGGCGCCCGGCAAGAGGACGUUCUCGGACGUGGAGAAGAGCCCCGAGGCGGCGGCGGCGGGGACCCAGGCCAAGCGGGCCAACACGGCCUACGAGGGGGCCUUCCAGACCCCCCCGGAGGAGAGGCCCUCGGGGCUCACCGGGGCGUUCUCCACCGUCCUCCUGGAGGACCUCAGGGCUUCCCCCGGCAUCUCCAGCCCGCUCGGCGUCACCAAGAACCUCUUCGGCGAGCUGCACGACCCCGCGGAGGACGUGUUCCUGGCCCCGGGGCCGGAGGACUCCAGCUUCACCUCGGACAAGGAGCUCUGCCGCAACCUGUGCCUGGACUCGGACGGCUCGCAGAACGAGAGCUCCGUGCUCGUCGGCGAGAGCCCCACGUCGGAGGCCUCCAGCCCGUCCUGCCGCCGCCGCUCCACGCCGUCCCCGGGCGCGGAGCGCACCGGGGGCCGCGAGGCCUCGACGGAGCCCACCCCGCAGAGGCCCAACCUGUUCCGCCGGGGGGAGCUCCAGUCGCCCUGCCUCGGCCGAGCGCCGGCGGGCGCGACCACCCCGCCAUCGGCCGCCCCGUCACCGUGCUUCCUGAAGCCCCGGCCCGGGGUGGCGUUCCGCAGCUACUGCAGCUCCAUCAGCCGCUCCAACUUCUCCAGCCACUCGGUGGAGUCCAUGGACACGUCCUCCAUGCCGUCCUUCGUCACGGGCGGCGUCACGCCCGUCCAGAGGACGCACAGCUCCAACGGCUCCCGCUAUCAGACGCCCCAGCCCAUGACGCCAUCCCACACCCCCUUCAGGACCCCCAAGAGUGUUCGCCGGGGCCCCGUGCCGGCCCUGGGGGCCCAGAUACUGGGCACCCCAGACUAUCUGGCCCCGGAACUCCUGCUGGGCAAACCGCACGUUUCAGGAUACGGUUGUUGUGACUUCAUGGUGGACUGGUGGGCCCUGGGGGUGUGCCUGUUUGAGUUCCUCACGGGCGUGCCCCCCUUCAACGACGAGACGCCGCAGCUUGUCUUCCAGAACAUCCUCAACCGAGACAUCCCGUGGCCAGAGGGAGAGGAGGAGCUGUCCGGGAAUGCCAGGAGCACCAUCGAGAUCCUGCUGACCAUGGACGUGACCAAGCGAGCCGGCCUCAAGGAGCUGAGUGGCCACCCUUUGUUCGAGGGCCAGGACUGGGACGACAUCCAGAACCAGGCCAUGCCCUUUGUCCCCCAGCCGGAGAACGACACGGACACGUCCUACUUUGAGGCGAGGAACCAGGCCCAGCACCUUGUCGUGUCCGGGUUCAGCCUCUAGAGACCCCCCACACCUGGGUUCAGUCUCUAGAGACCCCCCACACCUGGGGUCUGCCUUUAGAGACCACCACGCCUGGGUUCAGCCUCUAGAGACCCCCGCACCCGGGUUCAGCCUCUAGAGACCCCCGCACCUGGGUUCAGCCUCUAGAGACCCCUGCACCUGGGUUCAGCCUCUAGAGACCCCCGCACCUGGGUUCAGCCUCUAGAGACACCCGCACCUGGGGUCAGCCUCUAGAGACCACCACGCCUGGGAUCCUUUGGGGUUUUACAGGCAGAGGCGAUUUAAAUUUUAGCAUUUGAUUAUCCUUGGGUGGUGGGGGGGGCGUGCGUGUGUGUGUGUGCAUGUGCGUGUGCGCGCGUGUGUGUGUGUGUGUGUGUGUGUGUGUGUGUGUGUGUGUGUGUGGGCUGAUUCUGUAGUUUUAAAAGGUUUUACCAACGGUUUCACUAGGAAUAAAUGAAGGUCGAAAAGACUUGGAACAGGAGACUAUAUUUGUCUUAAUAUUUUUUCUUUUAACCAAACGAUUGGAUGGUUCUAGUGAUUAUUGCUUCAUGAUAAUGUAUUGCUUGCUACUGUAAACCAGUUGCUCUCGUUUUUAACAUUACAGUUGUCUAACGAUAUGUGUUUAGAAUGGAUCAUUAGUGGUCUCCUCUUCAACAUCAAUAAGUAAUUCUUUGUUAAUAAGCAGCUUGUAAAAAAAUAAGGAAAUCAUUAAUAUAUUCAUGUUAUAUAGUACCCAUGCACUUCAUUUUUAAAGUAAACGUCUUUUCUUGUAUCGUGUUUUAAAAGAUUUACAGUUUAUGAAGGAAAUGGUUUUCCUUUAGUAAUGGUCACCGAAUGCUGUAGCUGCUCAUAAAGUUUUAUGUUUCUCUACGUGACAAUGACAAAUAAAAUGGAUGUUGGUAUCAUA